AUGGCUGGCUCUCUUUCCCCCAGAACCACUCGUUCCAAGACACGACGCUCUACCAUGUCUUCGCAAAAGUCCAUCAAGACUUGGGCACGUCACCAAAAGCCUGUGGCUGCCCGCCUGACCAAGGACAAGGCUCAGACCAAGGUCAUCCCUCAGGCUGUUCCUUCUGUCCCCGCAUCUCCCUACCACCACUCUGCUUUGAUUCAAGCACAGCUCACAAAGACUCACCAACAAUCUCGUCUUGCUACCCCUGCCAUUCCUUCAAAGCCAUCUGGCUCGUCUUCUGGAUCCUUCCGCUUCCUUGAUCUUCCUGCCGAGAUCCGUCUCAUGAUCUACGGAUAUGCAGUGACUGAAGCCGAACCUCUCUACAUCGACACACUGGCUGCUCCUCCGGCUGUCACUCGCGUGUGUCGCCAGACCCGUCAAGAAGCACUACCCGUCUUCCUUGGCAGCAACUCAUUCAUCACUCUCUUCAGCUCUGUUCCUGGCAUGGAUGCUACCUGCCCUGAACCCUGCUGUCUUACCAAGUACACCACUUCCUUCUCGCCUGCUUCCGAGUCAUGGCUCUGCACUCUUCCUCCUUCGCAGCCUCUCAUCCGCGACAUCAGCUUCACUCUUCAGCCUUCCACCUGGGAUGACGAUUCGGAACUCUCAGCAGACUUCCGCAUGCUUGAUGGAAAGCUUGCCCACGGCUCUGACUGCCCUUUCUGCGUCAACGGCUCAUAUGGCAAUGUCACUCCUAUCUCUCUUUCUCACCCUGCCGUCCCCGAGAGCCUCAAGCUUUUGAUGAGCCACGCUCAACAGAUUCACGAUGCUGAACUCGACGCCGUCAACACUGUGCUCCAGUUUGGCAAGGGUCUCAGUCUCUAUGACAUCGUCGCCUUCACCAAGGCCUUCACCGGUCCCAGCGAAGUCAUCACUGCCAGACAAUGCGACCAACAACGUCUAGUCGAGCACUUCAGAGAGUCGCUUGAGGAAUGGGAUGCCUCCAAGGGCGACGCCAGGUAUGAGAUCCAAGAAGAUCUCAGACGUACCUCCGACGACCUUUGGUCAGAGAAGGAGAAGUGGUGCGGAGUCAUGUGA